GGGAGCCGCGGAGGGGGAGGGGAGGCGAGGCGGCGGCCGCGGCCCUGACAGCUGUCACCGCCCGGUCACUGCUUCCUCGGGCGGGCGGCGGGGAGCGCGGCUCGGCCGGGCGGCCCGGGUCCCGCAGCUCUGUCCCGGACGGCAGCUCUGGAUCUCUGGGACCCUCGGGGACGCAGCGGACCCCGAGCGGGGUGCACCGGUCUUCAAGCGGGGGAUCCCGGACGCCCCCGCCCCAGCGCUGCUGGAGGACGCAGGCGACAGAAGACCGUGUCCAACUGCCUGGGCUACUCCCCGAAAUCUCGCCCCUGUCGAAAAACAAAACCCACUCCAAACCAAAGUUCCGUCGGGCCUUUCCCGGCUUUGCCUACCUGCCUUCCUUAGGAGGAAGACCAUCUAGGGGGUGAGGAGGGAAAACGAGAGGCCUUCUGGCACUCUUGCCUCAAAUACAACCCGGUGUUUGGCAGCUACGAAUCAGUGGUUUCUGCCAGCUGUUAGAGGAGAUAUCCCUCCAGGCUGUGCUGCCCAUGGAUUUGUCUGUGAUGGUACCAGAAUAUUAGUAUUUGGGGGUAUGGUUGAAUAUGGAAGAUACAGCAAUGAGUUAUAUGAGUUACAAGCAAGUCGUUGGUUAUGGAAAAAAGUGAAACCCCAUCCCCCUCCUUCUGGUUUACCUCCUUGUCCUCGGCUUGGACAUAGCUUCUCUUUAUAUGGUAACAAAUGCUAUUUGUUUGGUGGCCUGGCAAACGAAAGCGAAGAUUCAAACAAUAAUGUUCCCAGAUAUUUAAAUGAUUUUUAUGAGUUGGAGCUACAGCAUGGCUCUGGUGUUGUGGGUUGGAGCAUUCCAGUGACUAAAGGGGUUGUGCCUUCUCCAAGAGAAUCCCACACAGCUGUUAUAUAUUGCAAAAAAGAUUCUGGAGGUCCGAAAAUGUAUGUUUUUGGUGGAAUGUGUGGUGCUCGCCUGGAUGACCUAUGGCAGCUUGACUUAGAAACUAUGUCAUGGUCAAAACCAGAAACUAAAGGGACAGUGCCACUUCCACGAAGCCUUCAUACAGCCAGUGUUAUAGGAAACAAGAUGUACAUUUUUGGUGGAUGGGUCCCACAUAAGGGGGAAAAUACUGAGACUUCACCUCAUGAUUGUGAAUGGAGAUGUACCAGUUCAUUUUCUUACCUAAAUCUGGAUACAACAGAGUGGACCACCCUAGUAUCAGAUUCUCAGGAAGAUAAAAAAAAUUCAAGACCAAGACCAAGAGCUGGCCACUGCGCUGUUGCAAUUGGCACUCGAUUGUAUUUUUGGAGUGGAAGAGAUGGCUACAAAAAAGCACUGAAUAGUCAAGUUUGCUGCAAGGAUCUUUGGUAUCUUGAUACUGAGAAACCACCAGCACCAUCUCAAGUACAGCUGAUCAAAGCCACCACCAACUCCUUUCAUGUCAAGUGGGAUGAAGUGUCUACAGUUGAGGGCUAUCUUUUGCAGUUGAGUACGGACUUGCCAUACCAAGCUGCAUCAUCAGAUUCUUCAGCAGCACCAAAUAUGCAAGGAGUCAGGAUGGACCCUCACAGACAAGGCAGUAAUAACAUCGUUCCUAACAGUAUCAAUGAUACAAUAAACAGCACAAAAACUGAACAGCCAGCCACAAAAGAAACUUCAAUGAAAAACAAACCAGACUUUAAAGCACUGACGGAUUCUAAUGCCAUUUUAUAUCCAUCUUUGGCAUCGAAUGCUUCUAAUCAUAAUAGUCAUGUGGUGGAUAUGCUAAGGAAAAAUGAAGGUCCUCACACUUCAGCAAAUGUAGGUGUUCUAAGUAGUUGCCUGGAUGUAAGAACAGUAAUUCCUGAAACUUCUGUAUCCAGUACUGUUUCCAGCACACAAACUAUGGUAACCCAGCAGACCAUUAAAACUGAAUCAUCCAGUACAAAUGGGGCAGUUGUUAAAGAUGAAACUUCACUAACAACAUUCAGUACCAAAUCUGAAGUUGAUGAAACAUAUGCACUGCCUGCAACAAAGAUCAGCCGUGUAGAGACACAUGCUACAGCAAUGCCGUUUUCUAAAGAGACUCCUUCAAAUCCAGUGGCCACAAUGAAAGCAGGAGAACGACAAUGGUGCGAUGUGGGAAUUUUUAAAAAUAAUACAGCUUUGGUGAGCCAGUUUUAUUUGCUGCCAAAAGGGAAGCAAAGCAUCUCAAAGGUAGGAAAUGCAGAUGUACCUGACUACAGCUUGCUUAAGAAACAAGAUCUUGUUCCAGGCACAGGAUACAGAUUCAGGGUUGCUGCAAUCAAUGGUUGUGGGAUAGGUCCUUUCAGCAAAAUCAGUGAAUUUAAAACUUGUAUUCCUGGUUUUCCUGGAGCUCCUUCUGCAGUCAGAAUUUCAAAGAAUGUUGAAGGUAUCCACCUUUCCUGGGAACCUCCAACUUCACCUUCUGGAAAUAUUUUGGAAUAUUCAGCCUACUUGGCUAUCCGCACAGCACAGAUACAAGAUAAUCCAAGUCAACUUGUGUUCAUGAGGAUUUAUUGUGGUCUUAAGACAUCAUGUACAGUAACUGCUGGGCAACUUGCAAAUGCACAUAUUGAUUAUACAUCCAGGCCUGCCAUUGUGUUCAGGAUAUCAGCAAAGAAUGAAAAGGGAUAUGGACCAGCUACACAAGUUCGGUGGCUUCAAGGUAACAAUAAGAAAGCACCUUUAAAUUGAAUUUUUUUUUACUGAAGCUAUUGUGAUUAUGAUUAUUUAUUAGUAACUGGUUAUGAAGAUUUGUCAUUUAAAAGAGUAUUCUCUGACUGUAUUUCCAGCAGUUAUGAACUUAAGUUUGUAAAUUGUUCUUAAAAUGUAUUUGCUGAAUUAUAGAUCCAAAUAAAAGAAAAGAAGCAAAGACUCUCUGAAAAUUAGUAUAUGAGUUCUUCCUUACAGAUAUAGCUCUUUUAUAAAGAAAAACAGUGAAAUUAAGAUAAAAGCUAGAAAGCUUUAUUACCCCAAUAUAUUUUAUAAGGGCUAUGUAACCCAGUCAUCCUAGAGUUAUUGAGAUAAUUCUAGUAACUGGCUGUUGUAUACUAUGCUGUCUUAUAUAGUAAAUGUUCUCUACUUUGUUAAUGUCCUAUCUUUGAGUACUCCCUCUAUCUUUAUUCUAUAUGAGCAGUGUUCCUCUAACAGCUGUCUUCUAUUGGAUAAUAUGUGUGAUAAUAUAAUAAUUCUAGUAGUUGUUUGAUUCCUUUCUUUGUUUACAGUUAGCACAGAGCUUAAGAAAUUAAAAAAGAAAGAGGCAAGUUUAGAAACUGCUUUUGAACUUUUAUUAUUUUCCAAGAAUCAUGGUAAAAUACAAUAAGAACAAUGAGUUUUCUUGAUUCUUACCAGGCCAAUAUAUUUGAAUAUAUUUUUGGCCAAAGCACUUAACUUAUCUGGCCCUCAUUUUCCUCAUAACAGAUGAGAGAGUGAAAACCGUUUAUCUUUUAGGUCCCUUUCAGCACUAAGGUUUUGUGUUUUUAGUAGAAGUGAAAUAUAUCCCUGAACAUUUUCAUCUGUCUUAAUGGCUCUAAUUUUGCUUUUGCUAAAAUUAAAAUCUUCAUAAUUGAAUUAAAAAUUAAAGUAUAUGUCCUCCUACUGGAGAAAGAAACAAGCACCUUAACAGGACACAAGUUUUAAAAUGGUGUUUUAAACAUUUGUAAGAUUUUUGUAAAUGCUCUAAAUGUUUUAUUUUUGCAUUGUUUUUACCUUGAAAUUGUAUAAACUUUUUUACUAUGAAAAUAUAAGCAUUAGACAGCUAACUCAGGUUCCAUUACAACCUUAAAGAUACAGAUAGGUAUUAUAAACACUCUGCUACAGGUAACUUGUUUUAAACUUUUUAGGAAUUUCAUGGUUCCACUGUCUAUUUAAACCUGGAAUUAAUAUACAGAGCAAUAAUUGCAGAAAAGAUAUUUCAAACUAAGAGCUUCAAUAACUGCAGGGGCACAGGUCUAUCUUUUUUUAUACCACAUAACCUUAUGCCAGUUUAGGUUGACUGAGUAGCUAUGUCCUCAAAUUUCAUGUAUAAUACCCCCCAGCAAAGAUGGAUUUAAUUGUGCAGAAUUGAUAUAUAUGUGUGUUCCAGUUACUAAUUUAAAGUGUAUAGAAUAUUUUAAUAUAUAAUUUUUGUAAAGAACUGGGAUUUUUAUACUACAGUAUUUGUAAUUAAUGUGUCUCACUAAUUAAGUUUCUCUUGAAGAAAAUAUGCAAAUUGUUAGACACAUAAUAAGUGGUUUCCAAACUCUAAAGAUAAAAUAAAUGCACUACUAUGGUGUUGUUAGAAUACCUUUUUUGUGGCUGUAUGAAUCUUUACUCUUUAAAUGUGUACUUUACAAUGUUUACAAGGAGCUUCUCUGGUUUGUUAUCCCAGCAAUGCCCUUGGUGAGAGCUUCAUUCUGCAUUUGUUUAAUUCAUAUGCUUUGCUUUUGGCAUAUGCUUGCUUUUUGCACUAGUAGAAUUUUAACUUACCUCAUUAUUAUGUUUGUAAUCAUUUGUCUAGCUUCUGUAAUGUGUCUGAUAUAGGCUAAACAAAUACUUAACCAAAGUUAAAAUACAUGAUAAGCAAUUUUGCACAUAUUAAAUAUUAGGGUUUGUUGUGUAUAUGUGUAUACUUAAUUAUAAAAAGAAAAUGAAUGGAAAGUUAUACUAAAAGUAUAUGUUUGAAGCCCAAUUAUUUUAAAGAUCUAUUGCUUUAAUAGAAAAAGUUUGGCUUUCAACGCUUUCUUUUCUGCAUUAAUUAACAACGUGCAUCUUGAAGCACUUCUAAUGACAAGGAAUAAGUUGAUUUUAAGCAAAGGAUAGAAUAUUUGUUUGAGUGUGCACAUUUAUACCUGUUUAGUAUUUGAUUCAGUUUACUUUGCUUAAAUGCCUCCACUCUUCUGGACCAGGAGGUGAUUCUGAACCUGUGGUUCUAACAUAUGACUUAUUUUUUAGAGGGAAGAGAAGUCUUUCUAUACUGAGGGAUUUGUUAAAAUGAUAAAUGUUUUUGCCUUGAUACUUAGCCCAGAUUCUUUUUUUUUUUUUUUGGCAUUUGUACAUUAAGCACCAGUCAUAUUUAUCUCUGUGAUAAGGGAUUGGUGACUAAAAAAUGCCAUUAAGAAAUCUCUGUGGCUUUGACAUUAGUAGUUAAUAAGAGAUCUUAGAGCUGUGUGCUGAUGAAUAGAAUGAAUUGGAGUAAAUAGCAAAAGGAGUGCAUUUAGCUUCUUAUGAUUUGCACAUUUUCUAAGUGAAGAUCCCUCUGUGUAGCAGUAGGGCUGUAUCAUGCAGACAUUUUUCAUAGGGUUUGCACUGAGUUAAAUGACUUUCUUUACUCUUCCCAGCUGGGUAAGCAAUUCAGAUGUAACAGCCUUUGUGCCAGUCCUCUUCUGUGUUCUGCAGCUCGGGCUCUCAGAAGUAGUACAAGUAUUUUUGAUGUUGCAUGCUCUCAGAAUUAUGUUUUCUAAAAUAUCAUAUUGGCUUCAUUUUAGUUUAAUAAACUUCUUUGGCAACUUAAUUAGACAUAGGGUAUAUAUAAACUCAAUUUUAUCUGCAUUUUUUAAAAAAUUGAAAUAAUCCGAUUGCAUGUAUGAAGGACUCCUGCCUCAUUACCCAAUUACAUAAAUACAAUUAUCUAUAGGAAGGCGAAAUUGUUGAUCUGUUAUUUCAAAGACUUGUAGACUAGCAAAGAUUCAUUCUGAUUAGAAAUAAGGUCUAUAGCUAAAGAUAUUUUUAUUUUAAAAAAUUACAGCCCUUGUAACAUAAAAAUCAUUUGUAACAUUGGAUAUGAAGAGCUUAUUAGUAUUUAAAAUUAUUGUAGUCAUUUGAUCAUAAAUGAAGUAGAUUGCAAAAUAGACUUGGUCUUUGACCCUUUAAGGUGUAAUUGACUGACUGUUGUGUUUUCCAAGACUGAUUUUAGGCAGUUUUAUGUAUCGUGUACCAAUGAUAUGUAAAAUAAAGCACCUUUUCUACUAUAAACAAUUACAGGUGUUAUUUAUUUUGAAGGAUAUGAAAGACAAGUUAGUGAUGGCAGAGUGAAUCUGUAGAAAUGUUGAUUUUAUAUUUAAAAUAACAUGUAAACAUUAAACAUAUUAACAUGUUUAAUUAAUAUUUGAUAAUUAACAUGUUUAAUAAUUGUUAAACAUAUAUUUAAAAGGCUGCCUGUAUUGUUUGAAAUAAUAUAGGCAACCUUUAAAUUAAGAAUGGAUUGUGUUUAAAAACUUGUUUUUAAGUUUUUAAGAUGGCAAUUGGGAGUCAUUUUCUCAUAGAAAUGUAAAUCCUAUGUAAGUAACCCUUGUCAUACCUGAACUAGUAUGCUUGAAAGUAAAAAGGCAAAUGACUCCAAGAAACAGUCUAAACUUGUUGUCACCUUUUUUUUUGUCUUUCAUUUACUCUAAAAUAUUUUUCUUUAUUCUUUUCAUCCUUUUAAAUUCAUAGCAGCCAGACUUCUGACCUGCUACUCCAUUGAAAUGGCUCUAGCAAAGUUCAAGGAUAACUUCCCAUUUCCCAAAUCCAGGGAACUCUUUUAUCAUAUUUAAUCUUGUCAUUUGAAGCUUUUGUCCACUGUCUCGGCACUUCCUCGUUUUUGUAGUGUCUAUGAUACCAUGCUUUCUGUCCAUCUUUACACACCUCCUCCUGUCUAUGGUCCCCUUUUUUACUCCCACCUGGCCCCGUUCAUCUUUUUUCCUAGAUUCAGGCCAAAUUGCCAACCUGAAGAAGUCUUUCCUGACAUACUCCACCACCAGCUAAAUUUAACCCCUUCUUUUUGUUCUCCCACUGUCCUUUGUUAAAUCUUAUGUCAUAGCAGUCUAAAAACCUAGUGCCCCUAUUUGUUAGCAUGUCCCUUUCCGUCUGCUAGAUGGUAGGUCUUCGAGGCAGAGAUUGGGUCUUUAUACCCGUUCCAUGUUGGCCGGCUAGUUAACUAGUACUUAAAUAUUUUAACAAGUGGGUAAAGAAAAUUGUCACCUUUACACUUCUUCAUAUUCCCACUCCUCCUAAAUAGAGGUCAAAAAUGGGAGGGAAGCUUUGAAAGGGAAAGAGAUUUUUUGCAGAUUUGCCAAGUUCUGGAGGAAAUACAAACUCUUUAGCUUUGUCUUCCCCUGCCCUGCUUUUAGGUUAAAAGAAGUUCUGGGAUAAGAGAUUUAGUAUAGGAGGUCUUUGAUUUGAAAAGGUCCUUCUACUAGAUCAGGUUUGUUUUUUUUUUAAAAAAAAAAAAAAAAGGAAAGAAGAAAGAUCAUAGUCUUUGAUGAGGUUAUGGGCAUUGCUGGAUUAUGAUUUUUAACACUGGAUGAUCAAAAUGAGCUAAAACUGUCAAAGUUAAUCUCUGCCUGACACUAGAAAUUACCUACCUAUAUAAGUUCAGGGAACUACUGAAGGACAUGGAUACCAGGAUUGGAACUGCAUUGGAUUCUGUUACAUAUCAAGUCAGGUCACUGUUACCAUCUCUAAGCUUGUAGGACAGAAGAUUCUUACACUCAGGAAAAUGAGAUGACAUUGACAAAACUCCCUUCUAAGUUUUCUAGUUAUAGUUGUUAGUCCCUAGACUUAUAGAUUUCUGUGACUCCAGAAAAAAACUUACUUUGAUCAUUCCUGGAAAAACAUGAACUACAAAAUUCUGGGGGAAAAUCAAUAAAUUCUGUAAACUAAAUGAAGGGCUCAUGUCUGUAAUCCCAGGCCAAGGUGGGUGGAUCACCUGAGGAUUGACCAGCCUGGCCAAUAUGGUGAAACCCCGUCUCUACUAAAAAUACAAAAAUUAGCUUGGCGUGGUGGCGGGCGUCUAUAAUCCCAGCUACUUGGGAGGCUGAGGCAGGAGAAUCACUUGAAGCUGGGAGGCAGAGGUUGCAGUGAGCCAAGAUUUUGCCAUUGUAUUCCAGCCUGAGCAACAAGAGUGAAACUCCAUCUCAAAAAAAAAAAAAAAAAAAGCCAUAAAAUCUGAGAACACCAGCCUCCUUGUUCAAAAUAGAUUUCUACAUCUCAUUAGUAUCAAUUUGCUUCUCUCCUGUUUUCUGCAGAACUAAUUAUCAAGAAAGUGUCCACUUGUGGGCCUAUUAAUCUCAGCAGAGGGGAUCUGGAACUGAGCAUGAGGUUCUUUUGUUUUAUAUAUUUGGUAUUUUGGAUAAAUUAGGUUGAGCAAAGGCCUGCUACUUAAUCAUCAAAUUCACAAUCUGGCCACCACUCCUGCUAGUACCUCACAUUCAAAAAAGUUAUGAGAAUGCAAGGUUAUAAAGCCUUUGGUCUUGGAUAGAGAGAAUGCUGGGAAGUCAUAGAGAUGAGGUUGUGAAGGUUACAGAAGUGUUCCUUAUUUACUGAUUUUGCUUGUUCAAAAGAUAUUUGAAGAGUGCCUAGAGAUGUCAGGGUGUUUACAUAUAAAAGAGAAGAAAGUAUGAAUUGGUGGCAUAUCAGAUAUGGAAGAUGUCAUGGAGAAGGAAAUGUCCUCCCCUCUCCCCACCGUUUUACCCACUUCGCCCUUCAUGGUCUUCUUACCCCCCCCGAGAUAUGAAACUAAAAGAUCUAUCAUUCCUGAGCAUGAGAAUUGAGGAAGGCACAAGAGGAGCCCUUUGGUAUGAGCACAUACAGGUUAAAAAUAAAAGGUAGCAGCUGGUGUUUGGAUUUGAACAUAGAAAAACCAUGUCCACUAGUAAAUUAUACUCCAACAAAUGUCCAGCUCCAACCAAAAAGAUUAUCCAUUCCUCCUACUGAGAAGAUACAGUAGACGUUCUCUGAGAAUUUAAGAAGAGUUACCUCCUUUUCUCUUUUCAUACUGGGGAAGGGGCAAAAAGCUACAGCCAUAAUGUUCAUCAUCCACUAUAACAAAGCAUAGCAUGUUAGAGAGCGGGCAGAGAUCUGAAGAUAAAACUGCUUGAUUCAAAAUCGUCCUUCCAGUUGUGGUUUAGCACCCCCUGGUGGCAUUGUCCAGUCCAGUUUACAUGUGGGUAAGAUUCUAGGUCUUGUAGCUGCCCAGGAUUUUAAAAAUAGCUACAGCAAUACCUGGAGCUUUCUGGUGAGUUGGCAACCCUGUGUUAGACCCAGUUGGAGAGACUGACCUGGAGAAUAUACUUUCUACUUUCCUGCAACUUCCUAACCCAAGAUAAUAACUUUAACCUGCCCUGUUUAGAUACAGGAACACACUGAUAUUUCAAGAUCCAUUUAAUUUUUGAGGAUUUUUAAAUUGUGUAUCAAAAUUUCUAGCUAGUUUUCUGAAUCAGGAGAGAUUGCAUCUUAACUAUGUCUCAUUUAAGUCUACAAAAUGACACUGAAAUUGAUAACCUUGGUAAAGACAUGAUUGCAAAAUUGUUAUAACAUUUGUGUGACCAGUAAGACACCUGUUAUUGAGCAAUGUGGAGAAACGGUCAGUUGCUGCCAUGCACUUUCCAUAUUUUUGGAAUACUUAACACAUAAAUGCAUUAUUAGGAGAAUAUGUGAAAGGAAAUUUGUACUUUUGAAAGUCAACAUAAUUCCGUAAAGAGGUGGUGUCUUUGUCAAUUUAUUUGGAAUUUAUAUCACCUAUCAUUUCAUUAUCUGCUUUAUAUAAAUAAUUAUACCCAGAGAACAAAGUAACCAGUUAACCAGAGUCAUGCCAGUGAGUCCAAGCCAACUUGGAAGAACAGUGCUAUAAUAUUGCCAUCUCACUGGAUCUUGACCCUGUGGGAAUCUUGUUAACUUCGGUGAGGAAUAGUCCAUACUCAUUUCCUUUUCGUAUUAUCAUGUAUUGCUUCCCCCAUUAUUAUAAUUGACUGAUUUGCAUAGCACAGUAGUGGCUGAAAUAUCAGAAAAUGUUUUCUCUUUGUUGAUGAAAGUAUGUAUUGCAUAACCUUAUAUCUUUUUUCUUUUAAAAUGUUUGUUGUGAAAUAAUACAUACAAAAGUAUAUUGUGUAUGUAUGGUUUAAAAAAUAACAUGGCCACACAUGUACUCAACCUUCAGCUUAAGAACUAGAACAUUCUCAGCUGCCUAGAAUCCCCCAUUUGUUCUCCCUCCAUAGAUUAUAUGAGGUAAACAUUCUUCUGGAUUUUUUGUUAAUAAUUCCCUAUGUUUUUAUUUGUGACUCUACCGUCUAUGUAUGUAUUCCUAAUAAUAUAUUGUUUAGAUUUACUUGUUUUUGAACUUUUAUGUAAAUGGAAUCAUGCUGUAUGUAUUCUUCUGUGACCUCUUUUUUCUGACAUUGUUUUUGAGAUUCCUAUCCAUGUUUAUGCAUGUAACUGUAUUUCAUGUUUUCAUGGCUGUAUGAUAUUUGAUUGUAUGACUGUUUCACAAUUUAUUUAUCCAUUCUUCUAUUUAUGGAGAUUUCGGUUGUUUUCAGCAUUUUGCAAUUACAAACCAUGCUGCUAUGAACAUUCUGCCCAAUUACAAUGUAAGCUGUGUGCGGGCGGAAGUUUUGUCUGUUCUGUACUCUACCAUAUUCCCAAUGUCUAGAACAAUGUCUGGCACCAGGUAGAUGCUCAAUAAAUAUCUGAGGAAUGAA